AUGGCCGAUAUCCCGUGUUCAUCCCGACUCGAAAGAGUCCUCCGAUACCUCCUAAAGUACCAGCCUCAGCCAACACAUACCGACCGUCAAUGCACCCACCAUCGCAAUCAAGACUGGAUAUUCGACGCAGAUACAUGGUCCCAACUCGAAACCCUUCGCCGGCUAUUAUGCCAACGACCAACAAUCCCCAGACUUCCAGCAGAUAUCUUAGAAGAUAUCGACGUAGUCAUCACCUAUCGAAACAGCCACAACAUUCUCACAUCAACAAUCUCAAUUCCCCCCAGUCUCACAAUUCAAGCCAAGUCUCCGAAAUCCAAUGCUACCAGGAUAUCCUGCUGGAAGGGCGAUAUUACCACCUUAACCGAUAUCACGGCAAUCGUCAACGCAGCAAACUCCCAACUGGAAGGAUGUUUUCGUCCCGAGCACCGCUGCAUCGAUAACGUGAUUCACUCCGCGGCUGGUCCACGACUCCGCGAUGCAUGUCAUAAUAUCAUCGAGUCACAGGAAUAUCCUGAACCCGUUGGUUCUGCUAAGGUCACGCCAGGGUUCCUUCUACCGGCGCAAUAUAUCCUACACACCGUCGGCCCGCAGCUACAUCAAAAAGUGAAGCCGCAUGCGCAUCAACAGGCCCAGCUCGCAUCAUGCUAUCAAGCCUGUCUCGAUGCAGCAGAGAAUUUACCCCCGCUCAAGGAUGGCCGUAAAGUCAUCGCCUUCUGUUGCAUAUCAACCGGUCUCUUCGCGUUUCCAUCAGAUAUGGCAGCGCAAAUCGCCGUGGAUACCGUAUUAGCCUGGUGCGCGACGCAUCCGGAUACUACCAUCACGGACAUCAUAUUUGAUACCUUCCUAGAGAAGGAUUGGGACUUGUACCGGGAUAUACUGUCAAAUGUCGAGAUCAGUUCUUCCCAAGUUGAUAUGAACAUCAACAUCAAAAUCAGCAACACAGACAAAGAUGCACCCACUCACACAUCGCUAUACCAACCACCAACCCUCCCCCAAAUCACCACUCUCUCCCCAUCCUUCCUCAAAGCCCGUACCUGGCUCAACCAAGCAAACACCCUCAUAAUCUCCGCCGGCGCAGGCCUCUCCGCCGCAACAGGACUGGACUAUACAUCCCCGGCCCUCUUUGCAAACCACUUCCCAGCCUUCCUGCCAAAAGGUCUCCGCAGGUUAUACGACGUCUUUGGGUAUACCGGCUGGGACAGUCCCGCCCAGAAAUGGGGGUACUACUUCACGCACUUGGAUAUGGUACGACGCUGGCCCGAAGAGCAGUCAGGCGUCUACCAGACCCUUCGAGAGUUAACGGCGCGAUUUGGAGAGAGGUGGUUCGUACGGACGAGUAAUGCGGAUGGAUUCUUUGUGAAGAAUGGGUUUGAUGCUGGCAGGGUUGCUACGCCGCAGGGUGGGUAUAAAUUUUUGCAGUGUUUGGCGAAGUGUAGGCCCGGUGCUGUUGUUGAGAGUGGGCAUUUGGUUGAGAGGGCGAUGUCCGUGGUUGAUCCCGUUACUCAGGAACUUGUGGAUGAAGAGAUGGUACCGAAGUGUGAUUUCUGCGGUGGGGAUAUGACGCUUUGUGUUAGAGGGGGGAGGUAUUUUGAUGAAGCGCCGUUUCGGGGGAUGGAGAGGGAGUGGGAGAGGUUUUUGGGGGAGUUGGUUAGUGAGGAUGGUCUGAUGGGUGAGUCUGGGUCUGGGUCUGUGGUUAUCUUGGAGUUGGGGGUUGGAUUGAAUACUCCUGCUGUGCUGAGAUGGCCGAAUGAGGAUUUAGUCUCGGAGUCGGAGAGUCAGCGGUUUCGGCUUAUUCGUGUGGGCAUCGAAGCUUCAGGGUGUGUGCCGUGGGAAUUGGAAGAGCAAGACCUCUCUGUGGGGAUUUCGGGGGAUAUCAAGGCAGCGCUGGAUGUUCUGAUAUCGUGA